AUGGCAAGUCGACGCGAUUUUCUCAGCCAGCCGGCACCUGAGAACUAUGUCGCCGGUCUUGGUCGAGGUGCAACUGGUUUCACAACCAGAUCCGAUCUUGGACCGGCCCGUGAAGGUCCCAGUGAAGACCAGAUCAAAGCUGCCGUCGCGAAAAGAUCUGCGCAACUCGGUCUCACGGAUGGGAAAGAUGUUGCAGGCGACGACGAAGAUGAUGGCAGGUACCAGGACCCGGACAACGAAACGGGACUGUUUGCAGGCGGUAUAUAUGAGAAAGACGACGAGGAAGCGGACCGCAUCUGGCAGGAGGUAGAUGAUAAAAUGGCAAGGCGUCGCCAGAAGCAAAGGUUAGUCGCAUCUUUAUUUCUUACACAGCCCUCGCAUGCUCCCAUACCGCUCCUACAUACACUUCUCAAAGCAUAUGGUUUAUCGUUUGUGAUGAUAGAUGAGCAGAGUACCGACCAAUAUGUUUCUACCUACAGGGAAGCCCGCGAGCAAGCCGAACGCGACGAGUAUGAGCGCAAAAAUCCGAAGAUCCAGCAGCAAUUUGCAGAUUUGAAACGAGCCCUCGGCACGGUCACCGACGAAGAGUGGGCAAAUCUCCCGGAUGUCAAAGACAUGACCGGAAAGACAAAGCGAGAACGAGAGGCCCGACAUCAGCGAUUCUAUGCCGUUCCAGAUAGUGUGAUCGCCGCUGCGAGUUCAUCGGGAGAAUUUGGUACGACUAUUGUAGAGGACGGUGCUGGUGGCGACGCGAAGGAUGGCGGCAUGACAAACUUUGCGAAGAUUGGUGCCGCGCGAGACAAAGUGCUCCAGGCAAGGCUUGAUCAAGCUUCCCAGAGCAGCGGUACUGCGACCACCGUGGGCACCUCUACAAGUGUGGACCCUAAGGGUUACCUGACGAACUUGGCCAAGGUUGGAGACGUGAGCCAAGUCAGCGUAGGAGAUGUUGACUUUGCACGGAAACUACUCAAAUCAGCGGUGGAAACUAACCCUACAAAUGCGCCGGGAUGGAUUGCCGCCGCUCGAGUUGAAGAACUUGCUGGCAAAAUGGUUGCCGCCCGCAACAUCAUUGCUCGGGGUUGCAAAAAUUGUCCAAAGAGCGAAGAUGUGUGGUUGGAAAACAUUCGACUCAAUGAUAGUCGUAAUGCCAAGAUUAUCGCCGCAGAAGCCAUCAAAUCCAACACGCGAUCAGUGCGCUUGUGGGUGGAAGCAAUGAAGCUGGAGUCUGACCCGCGGUCGAAGAAGAAGGUUAUCCGACACGCCCUAGACCAUAUUCCAGAGUCAGAAGCCCUGUGGAAGGAAGCCGUUAAUCUAGAAGAGGAUCCCGAGGACGCCAGAUUACUCCUUGCGAAGGCAACUCAACUGAUCCCGGCAUCGGUUGACCUUUGGCUGGCGCUUGCGCGCCUUGAAACACCAGAGAAUGCGAAGAAGGUUAUCGACGCUGCUCGUAAAGCCAUCCCUACCUCCCACGAGAUUUGGAUUGCUGGUGCCAGACUACUGGAACAGAUGGGGCAGGGUACCAAGGUCAAUCUCAUGAAGCGUGCUGUACAAGUCCUGGCCAAAGAGUCUGCUAUGCCCAAACGAGAAGAAUGGAUUGCUGAGGCCGAGAAGUGCGAAGACGAAGGUGCCAUCAUUACUUGCGGCAACAUCAUCAGAGAAACUCUUGGUUUCGGAUUAGACGAAGAUGAUGACCGCAAGGACACGUGGAUGGAGGAUGCUAGGAUGAGUAUUGGUCGUGGCAAGUAUGAGACCGCACGAGCCAUCUAUGCCUAUGCACUCCGGGUAUUUGUCAACAGCCGGACGCUAUGGCUCGCUGCUGUAGAUCUUGAGCGAAAUCAUGGCACCAAAGAAGCUCUAUGGCAAGUUCUCGAGAAGGCCGUUGAAGCUUGCCCACACAGUGAAGUCCUCUGGAUGAUGCUUGCCAAGGAGAGGCUACUGGUUGGAGAGCUCGACGAGGCAAGAAAGGUGCUGGGUCGUGCUUUCAACCAAAAUCCAAACAACGAAGACAUUUGGCUUGCGGCUGUCAAGCUGGAAGCUGAUCAUGGCUUCACAGACCAGGCGCGCGAACUGCUGAAGACAGCCCGGCAGAACGCGCCGACAGAUCGCGUCUGGAUGAGAAGCGUUGCAUUCGAACGGCAGCUUGACAACAGCGACGCUGCUCUCCAUCUCGUCCAGGAAGCUCUCGAACUCUUCCCCGCGGCGCCAAAGUUGUGGAUGAUAAAGGGGCAAAUUUACGAACAUCUCGACGAGAUACGUCAGGCAAGAGAAGCGUACAGCACAGGCGUCAAAGCCGUACCUUCGUCCGUACCGCUUUGGUUGCUCUAUUCCCGCCUGGAAGAACGUGCAGGCGCUGUUGUCAAAGCACGCAGUGUCCUAGACCGAGCACGCCAAGCUAUACCAAAGUCUCCUGAGCUGUGGUGUGAGCUCAUCCGGGUUGAGAGACGCGCCGGCAACCUUCCCCAAGCGAAGAACCUAAUGGCAACAGCACUACGUCAAAUGCCUAAGAGCGGUCUGUUGUGGAGCGAACGUAUCUGGCAUCUCGAGCCCCGAACCCAGCGCAAGCCGCUCAGUCUGCAAGCGAUCAAGGAGGUUGAGAAUGACCCAAUUCUCUUCGUUGCUGUCGCGAGAAUUUUCUGGGGCGAGCGCAAGCUCGAGCGUGCUCAAAAUUGGUUCGAGAAGGCCCUGAUAUUGGAUGGUGACAUGGGUGACACCUGGGCUUGGUAUUACAAAUUCCUCCUACAGCAUGGCACGGAUGAGAAGCGGGAAGAUGUGAUCUCAAAGUGCAUUUCGAAUGACCCUCGGCACGGCGAGUACUGGCAACCGAUCGCGAAGGAUCCGAAGAACUCGAAGAAGAGCGUUGAGGAGAUAUUAAAGCUAGUCACGGCGUCACUGCCGAACUGA